AUGGCUCACGCCUCGGCUGCCACCGGCCAUACCAGCUGGCACGGUGCUGGGGCUGCUGAAUUUGACCUGCGUAGUGAUACCAUGACCAAGCCAACCCCGUCCAUGCUCAACGCGAUUUGCCAGACGACUCUUCUAGACGACGUCUUUAAUGAAGAUCCGACCACCAACGCACUACAAAAUUAUGUGGCCGAGAGGACCAAGCACGAAGAUGCUCUGUUGGUGCUAUCAGGAACCAUGGGUAACCAAGUGGCUAUCCGCUCCCACCUGGCUCAGCCUCCGCACUCGGUUCUGUGUGAUCACAGAUCUCACAUCAUCUGCUAUGAAGCAGGGGGCGUGAGUGCCUGGACCGGAGCUACUGUACAAACCAUUAUCCCCAAGAAUGGCAUCCACUUGACCCUUGAGGAUAUUCAGAAACAUGCGGUACUCGAUGAUAACAUCCAUCAUUGCCCGACGAAGUUGAUCAGCUUAGAGAACACCCUCGACGGCAUGAUCAUGCCCCUUAGUGAGGCGCGCCGCAUUGUGGCGUGGGCUCAUGCCAACGAUAUCAAGGUUCAUUUGGACGGUGCUCGGCUCUGGGAGGCAGUGGUUGCUGGGGCUGGCAGUCUGGCCGAGUACGCUAGUCUGUUUGACAGCGUGAGUUUGUGCUUCUCCAAGGGCCUGGGUGCCCCGAUCGGCAGCAUCCUUGUUGGUCCACAGGCAUUCAUCAAGAAAGCCCGUUGGUUCCGCAAGUCUAUCGGCGGUGGCGCUCGCCAGACGGGCGUCUUUGCUGCUGCUGCCCGGGUCGCCCUCGACGAAACCUUCGGCACAGACGACUACGGCAAAACCGGCAAGCUUUCUGCAACCCAUGCGAAGGCCAAGCAAAUUGCGGACCUUUGGACCAGUCGCGGAGGCAAGUUGCAGUACCCCGUGCACACUAACAUGAUCUGGCUCGAUCUGGAGGCGUCCGGGGUGGGACCCAAUGAUCUCACGGUCAUUGGACAGGAAAAAGGAUUAAGACUGCUUGGAGGCCGUGUCGUUGUUCAUUACCAGGUAUCGGACGAAGCGAUUGCGCGGCUGAGCCAGGUAUUCGACGUUGCCAUGAAGGGAGAAUACCAGCGGAGCGAAGACACGAGCAAGGCGUAUGGGAGCAGCAAGCCCUAG